GCCAUCGAACACGAUGGCCAAAGCGACGGGGAAAAAGCGCAAGGCAUCUCGGAACCUGGCGGCCGUCCAUGCCGCGAACCAAGUGGCGGAAGCGGAAGCGCUUCUGAACGCGGGAUCUAUUGACCAAGGCCGUGCCUUACUUGAGGACGUUGUGGCGAAAGUUGCCGAUGCGCAGGUUUCUCAAGUCGCCAAGUACACGCUGGCCAUGUUGCAUCUUUGCACGGGCAAUCCCUCGGCGGCCGAUACAUUGCUGGCAUCUAUUGGCAUGCACUAUCGUCUCCACGAGUGUGCAUUUUCAUCCCAUGGUGCUAAUCUUGCGGUCGCUGAUCCGUCAGAAGUCGCCCGGCAUGUACAGGUCGUUGACGCACCAGUGGCAGACGCGGUGCAUGCACACUUUGCGUUCAAGUUCGACCACAACACAUCGCCGUUUUGGCGAGAACAUCGGUAUGGUGAUCCCGACGUGGGCUACUUCAGCUACGCCUUUCGCGACUGUACGACGUCAGUUCCGUCCAACUGUGUCGAGGCAUGGAUCCAAGAGCACUUGCUCCCCUACGUCCGCGCCGCGUUUCCAGACAAAGCCGAUGCGAUCGCCCAUGCAGAGUGGUGGGUUCACUCUCGCGACCAAAUUUCGGGCCACCAGCUACACUACGACACGGACGAGUCGCGGCUCACGCAGGAACACAGCUUGAAUUACCCCCUCGUGUCGACCGUGUGGUACAUCGCGCCCGGCCAGUCUGGCGCCCCAACGCUCAUUACAGAUAAAACUUUUGGCCAAGAUGCGUCCGUGUCCAAGGGAUAUCUCGUGUUUCCGCAAACGAAUCGCUUGGCCAUGUUUGAUGGAUCCCUGCUGCACGGUGUCGUGCCGCAUUUUCAACGAAAUGACGACGAAACUGGCCACCGGUUGACACUCAUGGUCGGGUUCUGGAAUAAGGACGUCGCAUCAAGUGCAUUUAACGCCAAGCAUCGUACCGCCAACAUGCGCCUUCCCGCGGGCAAGUCGACACUCGAGUGGCCUGCUUACCUGGAGGAGAUGCCCCCGGCUUCUUCGCCCUCCCCGUCCAAAGCUACCCCCGUCCCGGUGCAUGCCAUCGACGGUCCUUUGUGGGUCGAGAUUUCCCACGCGUCCGAUGGCGAAAACGCCGCGGUUGUUGUGGACUCGAGUCUUCUCGUGGGUAAAUAUUUUAUCCCAGACCUGGAAACGCUGGACGCCGACAUUGCGGGUCUGCUGUCCGAGCCGUCGGCGGAGGACCACGCGUGGCUGGUCAAGCAUGUUCAAGAUGACGACGACCAUCCCCGCCUUGCCCAGAUCUUGUGUGUGCUGCAUACGUGGAUGCGACGAGGUGGGGAAUAUGCAGACACGGCGGGGGAUUUCGUCCUGGAGUUAACCGCCCAUUGCGCGGCUGCCGCACGAAACUUGCGGAGAAGUAAAACUUGGGCCUCAUUGGUGGCCACGUCCUUGAAGGACGAGCAUGCGGAGGCGUCAACAGAGACAUUGGCGGCGAUUGCAUGGAAUGUACUGAAGCGGCCGUCCUUGAAUCCCAACUAUACGGAUUGGUUCCACACGGAUGACAUGGUCGAGGCCUUGAUGGCUGCGGCCGAACGGGAUGACGACUGCGUUGGCAUGGUGUGCGGGGCGCUGGCGUACUGCCUCGACUUCGUGCCAAACCGAAAAUGGGUCGUCGAAGGGCUGUGCGCGGCCCUGAAGCAACUGUACGAAGAUCAAGAAGCCGACGACGAUUUCAACGGUCACUUGGACAUUCAAGACACGGAAGACGCGAUUGUGGCCGUGCUGAGAGGCAGUAGCAGUGACCGAAAGAAGCUCCUCGCCGCGCUCAAGACUUGCCUCCACCCGUAUUACAAAGGCGAUGUUCGUGCCAAGCUCCAAGGCGCGAAGUAAUCUUGCACAGCUCGAACGGGCGCUUGGAUCAGCAUCCCACAACGCAUGUUGUUGGCGUACUCAUGAACUCGUUCACGUAGCGCCACAUCGUCGUGGGAUUUCGCACUCUACAUGACACCAGAUCGAAAUGCUUGAGCUCCCAGUCCAUCGUCUAAGGGCAGCUUCUGUUGUUUGGAGCAAUGUGCACUUGCAGUUGCAAAUGGCGAUCUUGACCGGGUGCUGUACCAUCGUGUCGACAAACAAUUUAGGAUGGACUAUACGUUCACCUAUGGACGACGUGAGGUUCCACAGUCACCGGGCCCCAUGACAUAGUUGGAGGUCAGGUGUGUAGUGGUUGGGGACAGCGCCUUUGAAAACAACUGUACCCAUU